UAAUUAAAUAUCAUAAGGGGAAAAAAGAAGAAACGCAACAACCCUAAAAAAACCUUGAGCAUCACCAUCUCUUGUUAUCUUCGUCGUCGUCGUCUUCAUCCUCUUACCUGCGCCGCUUUCUCACUCAGGAGAAGAAAACCUCUGAUAAUGGCGAGGAACAAGGGCUUGGCGGAGCAAGAUCUUAGUAAAUUGGAUGUGACUGUGCUUCAUCCGUUAUCCCCUGAGGUCAUCUCUCGCCAGGCUACUAUCAACAUUGGAACCAUUGGGCAUGUCGCUCACGGCAAGUCCACUGUUGUCAAAGCUAUUUCUGGUGUCCAGACUGUUCGUUUUAAGAAUGAGUUGGAGCGUAAUAUCACUAUUAAGCUUGGAUAUGCGAAUGCUAAGAUUUACAAGUGCGAGGAUGAUAAAUGCCCUAGACCUAUGUGUUACAAGGCUUAUGGAAGUGGGAAGGAAGACACCCCGAAUUGUGAUGUCCCUGGAUUUGAGAACGCCAAGAUGAAACUAUUGAGGCAUGUGUCGUUCGUUGAUUGCCCGGGACACGAUAUUCUCAUGGCGACUAUGCUUAACGGAGCAGCAAUCAUGGAUGGUGCACUGCUUCUCAUCGCUGCAAACGAAACUUGUCCGCAACCACAGACGUCCGAACAUCUUGCUGCUGUUGAAAUCAUGCAACUCAAGCAUAUCAUCAUCCUUCAGAACAAGAUUGAUCUUAUUCAAGAGAACGUUGCCAUUAACCAGCACGAGGCCAUUCAGAAAUUUAUAAUGAACACUGUCGCAGAUGGUGCCCCAAUCGUCCCAGUGUCAGCACAACUGAAAUACAACAUCGAUGUUGUGUGCGAGUACAUUGUCAAGAAGAUCCCAAUCCCUAAGAGGAACUUCGUGUCCCCACCAAAUAUGAUAGUGAUUCGGUCUUUUGAUGUCAACAAACCUGGGUUUGAGGUUGAUGACAUUAAAGGUGGAGUUGCUGGUGGAAGUAUCCUCCGGGGUGUUUUGAAAGUGAACCAAUUGAUUGAGAUCCGACCUGGAAUUGUUGUGAAAGACGAGCGUGGCAACCCAAAAUGCACUCCAAUUUACUCCCGCAUCAUUUCACUCUACGCCGAACAGAACGAGCUUCAGUUUGCCGUUCCUGGAGGUCUAAUUGGAGUUGGAACAACAAUGGACCCAACUCUUACUCGUGCUGAUCGUUUGGUUGGUCAAGUCCUUGGUGAAAUCGGUUCCCUUCCUGAUGUCUUUGUUGAACUUGAGGUGAACUUCUUUCUUCUACGGCGAUUGUUGGGAGUGAGAACAAAGGGAUCAGAGAAGCAAGGGAAAGUGUCAAAGCUAACAAAGGGAGAGAUUCUGAUGCUCAACAUUGGUUCCAUGUCGACUGGAGCCAAAGUUGUUGGAGUUAAGAACGAUCUGGCUAAGUUGCAGCUGACCGCGCCGGUGUGCACGAGCAAAGGAGAGAAAGUGGCUCUGAGCAGGCGUGUGGAGAAGCAUUGGCGUUUGAUAGGUUGGGGUCAGAUUCAAGCUGGAACCACCAUUGAAGUCCCUCCCUCACCUUUCUGAGGUGUGUUGUCUUAAUUUUCAUGUUGGGGUUUUUUUGAGAGUACCUAUCUGCGGAUAUACAUUUGUUACUAGUUUACCCUUGUUUGCGUUUUUUCUUUCUUAGAUGUUUAUCACAUUUUUUGGUCUCAUGUUUUAUUAACUUCUCUGUUUAAUUAUACGCUGGGAAUUUCAGUAUGACCGGUGAAGUUUACAGAAACGAUUUUUAAAAUAUUUUAAAUUUGUUCUCUUAAA